AUGACAGCAGUUGACUACACCAUUGAGCCGAUCGAAGGUCGUGCUGCUAUUCAGAGGAACUUCGUGAAGCUUCCCGAACGUGCUUCAAAUUAUUCAAAUCGACAUGUAACACUCAAUGAGCGAUUUUCAAUCAUUGAGCGCGGUUACUACCUUAAGCCCAAAGAGCUGGCCACCGCCUCGAGACCACCACGAGUUUACGUUGUACCGGUAAGCGCCACAUCUUCAAAGGAUAUCAUGACGGCCUGUCUAGCAAAAAUGGAAAGGAGACACCUCGAUGCACAACGUAAACAAGCCAAGAUCCCCUUUUUCACCAUGAAUACAAACAAUGAGCAGAUAAUGAUGUAUGCUGGGAAAGAUGUAACUGAUAAAAGUGGCGUUUCAGAGCCAGCAAUCGUCUCCAUGUACAAGCCCCCCGAAAUCGAUGAGUUCCGAGUCUGCAUGAACUCAAUCAAUCGCUGA